CGAACAGGAGGGUAGUGACGUCACGGCGACUAACGUUUAAGGCCCUGGUGGCCACGUUACGCGCAACUCUGCUACUAUAUCACCUCAGCCACUAUUACUUUCUUAUUGCUCCAUCUUGCUCUUUCCUCUGGUGACAAUGCGCGAGUGCUUGUCUAUACAUAUUGGUCAAGCAGGAUGCCAGAUAGGGAAUUCCUGCUGGGAGUUGUAUUGUGUGGAACAUGACAUCACACCUGAAGGUGAGAUAACCGUAGCACCAACAAACUUUCAAGGAUUCUCGGCUCUCGACACAUUCUUCAUGGAAACAUGCUCUGGGAAAGUUGUUCCCAGAGCACUAUUCAUAGAUCUGGACCCUACUGUAAUCGACCAAAUUCGUAAAGGCCCAUACCAUAAACUAUAUCACCCAGAACUACUGAUCUCCGGGAAGGAAGACGCAGCAAACAACUAUGCCCGUGGCCACUAUACGGUAGGCAAGGAAAUUAUUGACGUGGUUCUUGACCAUAUCCGAAAGAUGGCGGACAACACCGAUGGUCUCCAGGGCUUCCUAGUUUCCCAUUCAUUUGGUGGUGGCACAGGAUCAGGAUUCACUGCCUUACUAAUGGAGAGAUUAUCAGUGGAAUAUGGCAAUAAGAGUAAGCUGGAAUUUGCAAUUUACCCUUCACCCCGUAUUGCUACUGCAGUUGUGGAGCCUUACAACUCCAUAUUAACAACACACACUACUCUUGAACAUACAGAUUGUGCGUUCAUAAUUGACAAUGAAGCUGUUUACGACAUCUGCCAUAGAAAAUUAGGGGUCGAUCGCCCUACGUAUAACAACCUGAACCGUCUUGUUAGCCAGGUUGUUUCUUCUAUCACAGCUUCACUCCGUUUUCCAGGUUCUCUUAACGUAGACUUAGCUGAAUUUCAGACCAACUUAGUGCCCUAUCCAAGGAUUCAUUUUCCACUGGUCACUUAUGCGCCCAUAGCUUCUGUAGAGAACGCAUAUCACGAACAAAUGUCUGUUUCCCAGAUCACCAAUGCUUGUUUUGACCCUACCAACCAGAUGGUCAUGUGUGACCCGCGAAAUGGAAAGUAUGUGGCAUGCUGUCUUCUCUACCGGGGUGAUGUAGUGCCUACGGAUGUUCAUGCAGCUAUUGAUGCUGUCAAGAGAAAUCGGUUCAUUCAGUUUGUUGAAUGGUGUCCAACAGGUUUCAAGGUUGGAAUGAAUUCCAAGCCUCCUGCAGUAGUCCCAUGUGGGGAUCUUGCAAAAGUAUGUCGUGCACUGUGUGGGCUUUCCAAUACAACAGCAAUCAUUGAGGCUUGGGCUCGUCUAAAUUAUAAGUUCGACUUGAUGCAUUCAAAACGAGCCUUUGUUCAUUGGUAUGUUGGAGAGGGAAUGGAAGAGGUUGAGUUCAAAGAAGCUCGUGAAGAUCUAGCAGCACUUGAGAAAGAUUAUGAAGAAAUUGCCGGGGAUGGUGAUGAUGAUAGUGGUGAUGAAAGUAAGUUUUAAAGUCUUGAACUAUAAUAAAAAUGGUUUACACUGUAGUUAAUCUAAACACUUAAAUGUUAGAUUUGUUUUGAAAGGAAUUUUGACUUCAUCAUUCAAUUAAUCAUAUAUGAAAACAAGACAUUGCUUUAAGGAUUUGGAAAAUUUUAUGCAUUGAAAUUUCAAAUUAUGUCCAAAAUAUUUUUCCUUGUGAAAAUAUAGCUUGCUCAUGUUAUUAACAUGUGAAUAAAAAUAAACUGAAAUCUUGUAAAA